GUUCAUUUAUAACGAUUGCUAGGAAGACACAAUGAGUAUCUGCGCCUUAGCUCUGCACGAUGAAGUGAUUCUGAAAGUUCCUUGUAUUAUCAUCUCACCUUUGAAGACAGGAAGAGAGGAGGCUAACAAUGUGUGGCGACUUCCAGACCACGGUGGCUGGCGCCCAUGCGGCUCUACACACUGUCCAAGCGCCACUUUGUGCUCGUGUUUGUGGUCUUCUUCAUCUGCUUUGGUCUGACCGUCUUUGUUGGGAUCAGAGGACCCAAAGUGAUCCAGACUUCUGCAGCUAAUUUUUCACUAAAUAAUAGCAAAAAGCUGAAGCCAAUCCAAAUACGUUCAAAUCCGCUGUCUACAUAUAAUCAGCAACUGUGGCUGACAUGUGUUGUCGAGUUGGAGCAAACAAAAGAAACUUCUAUUCAGACAAGCUUUUCCAUGACUGUCAAAGUCAAUGGUGUGGCUCAAGACGGAACCAUGAUGUACAUUCACAACAAGAUUCACAAUCGGACAAGGACCCUCACAUGUGCGGGGAAAUGUGCGGAAAUCAUUGUGGCUCACCUUGGCUACUUGAACUACACCCAGUACACGGUAACUGUGGGAUUCGAGCAGCUGAGCCUCCCUGUCAAGGAGAUGAACUUCACAUGGAAGACAUAUGACCCUGUGUUUUCCCAGUUGGAAAUUUGGUUUCGCUUUGUCUUUGUGGUGCUUACCUUCAUCGUCACCUGCCUGUUUGUGCAUUCCCUGCGCAAGUUCUCCAUGAGAGACUGGGGCAUCGAGCAGAAGUGGAUGUCUGUCCUCCUGCCACUGCUGCUGCUGUACAAUGACCCGUUUUUCCCCCUCUCCUUCCUGGUGAACAGCUGGUUCCCAGGGAUGCUGGACGAUCUCUUUCAGUCUGUGUUCCUAUGUGCCUUGCUGCUCUUCUGGCUGUGUGUGUACCACGGGAUACGAGUCCAGGGAGAAAGAAAAUGCUUAACUUUCUAUUUGCCUAAGUUCUUCAUCGUCGGACUAUUGUGGCUGGCGUCUGUCACUCUAGGAAUAUGGCAAACAAUUAAUGAAUUACAUGACCCAAUGUACCAGUAUCGAGUGGACACUGGAAAUUUUCAGGGAAUGAAGAUUUUCUUCAUGGUGGUGGCAGCUGUGUACAUCCUGUACCUCUUGUUCUUGAUAGUGCGUGCGUGCUCCGAGCUCCGCAACAUGCCUUACGUGGAUCUCAGGUUAAAAUUUUUGACAGCAUUGACCUUUGUAGUGCUUGUUAUUAGCAUCGUCAUCCUUUAUUUAAGGUUUGGAGCACAAGUAUUACAGGACAACUUUGUAGCAGAGCUGUCAACUCAUUACCAGAAUUCAGCAGAAUUCUUAUCGUUCUAUGGCUUGUUGAACUUCUACCUGUACACUUUGGCCUUUGUAUAUUCUCCAUCGAAGAAUGCUCUGUAUGAGUCCCAGUUGAAAGACAACCCGGCAUUUUCCAUGCUUAAUGACUCGGAUGACGAUGUGAUCUAUGGGAGUGACUAUGAAGAAAUGCCGCUGCAGAACGGCCAGGCCAUCCGGGCCAAGUACAAGGAGGAGUCGGACAGCGACUGAGCUCCGGGCUCUGGGCGGGACGGGAACCAGGCCCCUUCCUUUGGGACUGUGCGCUGGCCUUCCUCGCUACCUGCUCGUGUUCAGACUUUUCUCAUAGGCAAAAGUUUUCUGCUCCUUAUUUGUUUACAUAUUUUUAAAAGAAAAACCAAACCUGAAGACAAACUUAAAUGUUGGGCCAUUUGUUGUCAAGAUGGCUCUGUCUGUCUGGGAAGAGAAGUUGAUAAAAAGUUAAAAAGCCAAAUCCUUUUACAGAGAUUUCAGAUGAGAGAGUAUGUUUGCAGGGGCCAAGGAAACAAUUUAGUAAAGUUAUGUAUUUUCUUUUCUUUUUUAAAACAAUCCACUAAUUCCCAGCUCCUGAACUGCAGUGGUCCUCGUGGGAGUGUUGCCCUUUUUCUUCCUGUCUUCCCUCCCUUCCCUGUGGUACUGUUUUGUAUUUUGCGUUCAGUGCUUUCCAUUCAAAGAGAAUCCCAUUUCUGUUGCUGCUUUCAGUGGGCAGUCAUUGCCUGCAAGGGGUCAGGGCCCAGGAUGGCCUGGCACCAGGAGUGAGAACAGUGACUGUUUGGCAAACCAGGUAAAGUGAGUCGGGAAUGGCAAGAGCCCAGGCUGCCACCCAGCACCACCUGUGAAGCAGAAGUGACAGUACUGCAGUGACCCGAGGAGGGAUGGCGAAGCUGCACAGGGCAAGGCUGAGCUAAUGCGCAAGUUACCAGCUCUGUGGGCAAGGGCUUACAUGUGGUACUCCCCAAGGCUCUGGGCAGCUGUGUACUGUAUGUGAACAGGAGCGCGUUUCCUGUGGCUGAGGAGGGCAUUAGCGGGUGGGUACAGGUGGAUUCCCAUUCCAGUAAAUGCUAAUUUCUCCAACUCUGUUGAACACACAACCCCUAGAGCUUUUUUUUUUUUUUUUUUUUUUUUUUGCGGAACCAGGGAUUUGAACUCAGACCUUUGCGCUUGCCAGGCAAGCA